GUGACUUUCGCAGACUCAUAACGAAACCGAAAGUAACGAUGUCGUUGACGCGCCCGUUCACUUUCUCACUCCACAAUGCCUGACCGAUCCGUCUUAUGGACACCUCUUAACAGCAGUGCUUUGGUGAAAAUGGCGUCAGAAGGCUUUCUAGUGAUGGUGAUGCUGACCAAUGUGGUUCUGUCAUCUGCUGAUUUUGUCUCUUUGAAAUGCCAGAACAGCGUUGGGUUGGUAGGCCAGCCCUCAAGAUUGCAGUGCAUCCUGAAAACAGCAGAAUCUCUGGAGAAAUCUCCAGAAAUCACACACGUCUUUUGGAAAUAUAACAACAAAGUAGUGCUGAAAAUGGCUAAUGGCGCAAAAAUUGGGGAGGAACGGUUCAAGUUCGCUGAUGCAUCCUGGAAGAAAACUAUGGACAUAUCCCUGCUCAUUGACAGCACCAAAAUCUCAGACCAGGGACAAUAUUCAUGUGUUGUGUCGACUAACAUGGGAAUCACUGGUCCAGUAGAUGUCACAUUAAAUGUCAAAGCCGAAUACAGUGAGCCAGUCACGGCCUACAAGUUGAACAAGGAUGAGACCAGGGCUGACAUGAACUGCACUGCUAAGGGGGGCUACCCCCAGGGCGCCAUCCACUGGUUCGACAGUAUCAAUACCAACUGGACAGGCAGCUCACAGACCACCGCCACAAAGAUGGAGGACGGGAGUUUCGUGCUGCAGAGUACGUACACCUCCAACGAUGUGUCUCUCGCACCGUUCAGAUGUGUGGUGUUCAACAGCGACUGGAAGGAGGAGCACUUUGUGGAUAUUGAGAUCCCCAUUAGAGUAGCGCCAGACAAAAUGAUUUCUGGCGUCGAGACAAAGCACAUCGCUGCCGCUGUGGUCGUGAUCGGAUCGCUGAUCUGCGGCCUACUCAUAGCCCUCCUCCUCUUCAGGAGACGCUCCCGACUUGCCCUACGAAGGCCCUCCACUCAACCGAUGCUGAGCCAUGACGACCGAUAUGAUGAUUAUCCACCUGACAUUGAACCUGAGGCUCGUGCAGAGCUCACUGUGGACGAUGGCAAGGACAAGGUCGCCGUAGUAUAAUCCCCUUGACUCUUUGGCCUUUGUGCUGAGACGAAAACGGCUGCGGUUUUUUUGAAGGUGCCAUACUACAGGGAGCUACCAGUGAAGCUGCUCCUUCUGAAAAAUCCAACUGUGAAGGAACUGUGCCAUGUGCCCUCUACUGUGCCAGGCGUUAUACUGCCACAUUGCAUUGGCAUUGUUUUUGCAUAUACAGCUGCAGUCACUUGUAGAGUUGCUUGGGCACAAUCCCUGGUGCUGAACAAAAAAGUAAUUUAUUGUGGAUAAAACAGGUUCGCGCACACUCCUUUAGGAUUUUUUUCUUCUUUAAAACGCCUUAGCACAGCACUAUGGCUCUCUGUCAUGUCAUAGCAAUGUUGUUAUGAUGUAGUUAAGCAUUUUCAACAAGUGAAUAGGGUCGCCGGCGACCCCUGCUGCAGUAAGAGGCUACGUUCUUUUUUCUUUUAUUCACUGGCAAGCAUGAUGACAUUUCGACCUCUCGGUCUUCCUCAGAUUCCAGAAUCGGUCGAAACGUCAUCAUGCUUGCCAGUGAAUAAAAGAAAAACCCAAACCCAAAGGAGUGUGCGAACCUUUUUUUCCACAAUAUACAGCUACAGUACCAUGUGCUUUGCCAUUGCAUAUCCAGCUGCAGUACCAUGUGCUUUGUGUAGUGUGUAUUGGUGGACCUACUGUACUGCCCACUGUGCCACCCCCUUUAGGCAGCUCCCUAGCAACUGUGUAUCAAACGAUACUAACACUCACAAUAUGGUUUGGCUUUUCAAGCUAAUUCACUUGUCUACUACAUUGAAAUCAUCAUUUUAUUUUUCAACUUGUAACUGUUGUACAUACUGUUAACAUUUUGGUUGCAGAGUGGAAAUUGCAGAUGUUCAUAAAACAUUUGGGGAGUUAGGGGGUUUUGGGUAACGAGAGAGCCUGGGGCCUGGAGAGGCAGAUGUCAAGGAGAGUAGGAGGACCAGAGGUCGGUGACACGUUUUUUUUUAUGAAGCUACGACAGAGGAUUGGAAUGAAUGCUGCUGCUGCUUCCUGUGCUUGUGUAAUCUUGACUUGCUGUUGUGUCUGAUUCAAUUCGAAUUCCUUCAUUCAGCAGGACCUUAUUGUGGCUCAUUACUAUGAGGGGAAAAGAUUCAUUUUAGAUUUGUUUUAUUACCUGAGCCCAUUCACUUAACCGGUUCUGGUAAUUUACAAGAGAAGAAAAACAAUUCAACUUGUUGGACCUGUUCUGCUUUGCAAACAAUAUGGAAAAGCACUUAACAUGUGUGUGUGUGUGUGUGUGUGUGUGUGUGUGUGUGUGUGUGUGUGUGUGUGUGUGUGUGUGUGUGUGUGUGUGUGCAUGCGUGCUACUAUCAAUGAUUAACAAAUUGAUAUAUUUUUUUAUUCUUCAAAAUCGUUUGAUGUUGUUAAGUUUUAUAAUAUACUGUACUUUUUGACCUCUUUGUUUGAACACCAACCGCUGUCCUGUACUAUUUUCAAAUAAAAGUUCUCCUUGUGAUUCGUA